CCACAUAUCCGAUGCCAAUUGCAUGCAGUGGAAAGAGAGAGAGAGAGAGAGCGCUGAGCUCCCUUCUUUUCCCUCGGAAUUUGCGGUGUUGGACUUCACCUUCUCUUCCGGCGUGGAAGCUGAGUUCCCGGAGUGACCAACUUCAGCAGACAGAGGUGAAAGAGAGAUCAUGGGUAGAGGAAAGAUUGAGAUCAAGAGGAUCGAGAACACCACAAGCCGGCAGGUCACUUUCUGCAAACGCCGAAAUGGACUGCUGAAGAAUGCUUAUGAGUUGUCUGUCCUUUGUGAUGCUGAGGUUGCCCUUAUUGUCUUCUCCAGCCGGGGCCGCCUCUAUGAGUACGCCAAUAACAGCAUAAGAUCAACAAUUGAUAGGUACAAGAAGGCAUGUGCCAACAGUUCAAACUCAGGUGCCACCAUAGAGAUUAAUUCUCAACAAUACUAUCAGCAGGAAUCAGCAAAGUUGCGCCACCAGAUACAGAUUUUACAAAAUGCAAACAGGCACUUAAUGGGUGAAGCUUUGAGCACUCUGACUGUAAAGGAGCUCAAGCAACUCGAAAACAGACUUGAAAGAGGUAUCACACGGAUCAGAUCGAAGAAGCAUGAGCUGUUGUUUGCAGAGAUCGAGUAUAUGCAGAAAAGGGAAGUAGAACUCCAAAAUGACAAUAUGUACCUCAGAGCUAAGAUAGCAGAGAAUGAGCGAGCACAGCAAGCAGGUAUUGUGCCGGCAGGGCCUGAUUUUGAUGCUCUUCCAACGUUUGAUACCAGAAACUAUUACCAUGUCAAUAUGCUGGAGGCAGCACAACACUAUUCACACCAUCAAGACCAGACAACCCUUCAUCUUGGAUAUGAAAUGAAAGCUGAUCCAGCUGCAAAAAAUUUACUUUAAGUAUGUCGCUGCUUGUUAAUGACAUGUUCUAAUAACAUAGGCUACAAGACCUGUACUCUUACUGAUAAAGGUGUGUUAGAAGACUUGUCUGAUUUCUAUAUUCCUAAUAUCAAUAGACAUGUUAGUGUGCCUUAAUUUGUCUU